GGCCAAACAAGAGCACAACAAAAGGCCUCAUCCAUGAGGGCGAGCGUACUUGGACACCGCAUUAAAGAGCAGUAUCACCCUAACCCUUCUACAGUCUCAUCAUCCAUCUUUUAUCUGCGGUAUUCAAAUCAGAAUUAGAUCAAAAAUCAAGUCUUCAUUACUCUUACCACAAACCAGCGAACCCCCUCUAGCCACCCCACAAUCAUGGACAUCGACCCAUCAGGCUCUGGUAGCUGGCGCUUUGCACAAUGCUUCGGUGACAAGGGUGAAGUGGACGACAUCACAGAAGGUCCGUGCACCCACUCUGAUCGACUCUCUGGUUCAACUGACCCGCAUCGAUGGGACACCGCAGCCGACAUCAUAUCCACAGUCGAGUUCGAUGCAACAGGAAAUUACCUCGCCACUGGUGACAAGGGUGGCCGUGUAGUUCUCUUCGAGCGCAAUGAGUCCAAAAGAGGCUGCGAGUACAAGUUUUACACAGAGUUUCAGUCACACGAACCCGAGUUUGACUAUCUAAAGUCUCUUGAAAUCGAGGAGAAGAUCAACAAGAUCAAGUGGUGUAGACGACAGAAUACCGCCCAUUUCUUACUUUCUACCAACGACAAGACCAUAAAACUCUGGAAGAUAUUUGAGAAGAGCAUCCGCGUUGUCUCCGAGUCAAACCACCUCGAUGGCCAUCGUGCCCUUCCACCGCCAAGCCUUGCCUCCCAUCUCAAGCUUCCCCGCAUGCAACCACAGGACAACAUUAUCGCUGCAGUUCCGCGCAAAGUAUACGCCAAUGCUCAUGCCUACCAUAUCCACUCCAUAUCCGUCAACUCCGAUCAGGAAACCUACAUCUCUGCAGACGAUCUACGCAUUAAUCUCUGGAACCUCAGCAUCAGUGAUCAGAGCUUUAAUAUCGUGGAUAUCAAACCCGUGAAUAUGGAAGAACUCACAGAAGUUAUCACCGCAGCAGAAUUCCACCCGCAGCACUGCAACCAAUUCAUGUACUCGAGCUCAAAAAGCAAUAUCAAGCUUGCAGACAUGCGUGACUCUGCACUGUGCGACCGACAUGCAAAAUGCUUCGAAGAAGAAGAGGACCCAACAUCCCGAUCCUUCUUCUCCGAGAUAAUCUCUUCUAUAUCUGAUGUCAAGUUCAGUCAUGACGGGCGGUAUAUCUUGUCGCGCGAUUAUCUCUCCCUCAAGAUCUGGGACAUUAAUAUGGAGUCGCGCCCUGUGAAGACGAUUCCUAUCCACGACCACCUCCGCGGCAAGCUUUGCGAUCUGUAUGAGAACGACUGCAUCUUUGAUAAGUUUGAGUGUGUAUGGAGUGGAGAUGAUAAGCACGUGCUAACGGGGUCGUACCACAACUUCUUCCGCAUAUUUGACACGGACUCGCCGAAUGAUGUGGUGCUGCAGGCGGACAAGUCUGCUUUCAAGGCCAAGAAGAUCGGCGACUUUAACAAGAAGAUCUUGCAUGCCAGCUGGCAUCCACGAGAGAACACGAUUGCUAUCGCUGCAACGAACAACCUGUUCUUGUAUAGCGCAGCAUAGGUAUCUCCACCCCCCCGCCCCCAUAGAGAGGGCAAGUCAGCAGUGUACAAGCGCCCGAGACACCGUAUUACGCACGGACUCAUUCUUACACUACACUACCAUAUUACCGUGUGCGCUCGUUUUUAUCCAUCUUGCUUACGAUACGAACUAGAUACCACGUACAACUGCGUAUUACCCUGUUUGUGUUUUCGGGACUUGUUCUUCAUCCUUGGGCCCCCCUCCUUCCCUCCCCCCCUCACGCGCACCUUACAUAUCCCCCCAUCACCACGUACAUCAUGUUCUCGACAGAAAAGACUCGUGUAGAAUGAGAUGAAAGAAGAAGUAAUCAAUUACAAGGGCUUGUAUCAUUUAUAUAUGUAGUCAUUCGUGGAUGGAAAUAAGAACAUGGGUUCCCGACUCUCACGUUAGUGGGGGACAUCUCCCA